AUGCUUGUGGCCUCGAAUGCACUAUACUUAGGCGGCCUCGAGGGUAGCAUGAAAGACUUCGCAGAUGGAGUUGGUUCGGUGAUCAUGAGCAUGAUGGGAGCAGCCGUAACCCUGCUCUUCGUGAUGACCGUCAGCGCGUUGACCUUCCGGGCGGCACUCGGCGGGCAGCAGGAGCUCAUCGCCUUUAACCUCCAGAGGACGCCGACGCCCAGCCUCGUCGCAGAAACCUUGCAGUCCAUGUCAGCCAAGCUCGCAGAGAUGGAUCGGGCAGGACUGGUGAAGGCCUUGUCGGCGAUGGGAGUUUACGACAACAAGUUGCUGCUGGCAUCGGUGUCCUUGCUCGGCACAGAGGUUAUCUCUUCGGAUGCCGAUGAGACGGCAAAGAGGUACUGCUUCCGGAUAAGCUCCAGUUCCUUCGCGCCACCGGCGCCGCCCCAGAGUCCCGGACCUGCGCAAAACGCGGCGACGGGAGCAACAGAGACGGCCAAGAAGACAGAAGAGGGCGACCUGUCUCCAAACAACAUCCGGGCAGAAGAGCUUGAGCUGGCCAACGAAAAGGCUGCGGAAGGAGGUUUAGGUCUUUCAUUGUGCCAGGAGACGCAGCAGGCGUUUAUCUGA